UGUUAUUUUAAACAGGUAUAUUUUAAACCCAUGGUAAUGACGUAUAAUUUUAUUAUAUUUAUUUACAAUAGUACAUAAUUUAAAUCCCCAUAGAUUAAAUACCAAUUUUACUAUUAGGUAAUCGUAUUGAUAUCUUAUCUUAUUCAACUUGUGUAUCUAAUCCUAAUAGAUCUGUGUUAGUUUCAGCUCCGUCAACCAUAAGAAUGUUCAAAUUUCUACUUCUGUUAGCCAUAUUUCCUGCGAUACUGUGCUUCUACGAUGCCGAGAAAAACAUCACGGUUUUGACCGAUUCAACCUUCAAGUCCCACGUAAAAGGUGAAAUUUGGGCCAUAAACUUCUAUUCGAAAAUCAUACCGGAAUGUCGGGAGUUCGCGAAGGAAUACAUAAAAAGUGCGAAUGCUCUAAAUGGACUGAUCAAGUUUGGGGCCGUCGACAUUGACAGGAGCAAAACGUUGGCCGAAAAGUACCGGGUCAACGACGUGCCGCAUCUCAUUUUCGUCGGACUGAGGAACGGGAAGACACUCGUGUACACCGGUCCGAAAACCGUACAGUAUUUGGUGGAGGAGAUCUUGGAUACUAUGCGUGGCAAGGUGCGUGAAAAUUUGGACAAAGGCAUCAAAUUCACCGAGGAACUGGAUGGUAACAAAUUGGAAGACGUGCAGUUGGGGUCCGAUAAAGACUGGUUGGUCUAUUUCCACGCUCCUUGGUGCACUGAGUGUCAAAAAAUUAAAUUCAUAUGGGAAGAGGUGGGAUUUGCAUUGAGGAAGAUUGUAAGAUGUGGAACUGUGGAUAUUGACAAGUUUCCGGGCGCUGCAACCAAGUAUAUCGCUUUCAACAUCCCCACAUUUGUUUAUUUUCCGAAACACGGCAACCCAGUGCCCUACACGGGUUUGAAGCGUUCCAAAAAUAUAAUUUACUGGACUUUGGAGGAAUACCAGAAAAACCUCAAUUACCCUACCAGCAAAAUUGAUGACAAAGAUGAACUUUAAUUUAUGUACUUGUUAUGUUUGAAUGUUUUGAUAGUAAUAAAAAUACUUGAACGUAA